AAUAUCAAUAUGGCGACAGUCGACUGGCACGAGUAGUUGCAUAACUCUGUAUCUGCACAUUUUUAAUGGGAUUUUCUAUUAGAAGAUUGAACAGACUAAUUGACAAGUGGCCGGGGAAACGAAUAUUCCGCGAGUACCGAUUUCUGCCAAUAUUUUUCGUCUUCGGAGCGGCCUUGGAAUAUUCUAUGAUCAAUUGGCAUGUGGGAGAGGUUAAUUUCUACAAAACGUACAAGCGUCGAAGGGUAGAAGAGCUAGUGGCGGAGAGACUACAGCGGGAGGCUUGAAACGAAUUGCACACA